ACAAGGGUUGAUUCUUCUCAAACACGACAAAAGAAUCGUAAUCCGUGCCGUGACGUCAUCGCCCACUCCGCUUCGUCCUCGUCGUCGUCGUCGUCCUCCUCCUCCUCCUCCUCCUCCUCCUUUCGAGCCCUUAAAGCCUUCUUUUUCCCCAUAUCUUCCUCACUAUCCUUCUCCUCUCACGAAAACCUAAUCCUAGAAGCCGCGAUCCUCUUGUUUCUCCCCGAUCGAUCCAUUUCUCCGAUCCCUUGCCAUGGCGACCGACUCUUCGAAUCGAGGUAUCGGAUUGCCGCCGCUGGAUAUCUCCGCUGCUUUUCCUCAGGCAACACCUGCUUCGAUCUUUCCCCCUUCAGUUUCAGACUAUUAUCAAUUUGAUGAUCUGUUGAAUGAUGAAGAAAAGGCCUUACGGAAAAAAGUUCAAGCGUUUAUGGAGAAAGAAGUUGCUCCCAUAAUGACAGGGUACUGGGAGAAGGCUGAAUUUCCUUUUCAUGUUAUUCCCAAACUUGCUGAACUUGGAAUUGCUGGAGGAACUGUUAAGGGUUAUGGCUGUCCAGGGCUUUCCAUUACUGGAAGUGCUGUUGCCCUGGCUGAAAUGGCUCGGGUUGAUGCUAGCUGCUCCACUUUUAUUUUGGUGCAUUCUUCUUUGGCAAUGCUUACAAUUGCACUAUGUGGAUCGGAAGAACAAAAGCAGAAAUACUUACCUUCAUUGGCCAAACUUCAAACUGUUGCUUGCUGGGCUUUGACUGAGCCAGAUUACGGAAGUGAUGCGAGUUCUUUGAGAACCACAGCAACUAAGGUCUCAGGAGGUUGGCUUAUAGAUGGCCAAAAGCGAUGGAUAGGUAACAGUACAUUUGCAGAUAUUCUUGUUGUUUUUGCUCGGAAUACAAAUACGAACCAAAUUAAUGGAUUUAUUGUGAAGAACGGCAGUGCAGGAUUAGAAGCCACUAAAAUAGAGAACAAAAUUGGUCUUAGGAUGGUUCAGAAUGGUGAUAUUCUUUUUAAUAGAGUAUUUGUCCCUGAUGAAGAUAUGUUACCUGGCAUCAAAUCGUUUCAGGAUACAAGCAAGGUUCUUGCUGUUUCACGUGUAAUGGUUACAUGGCAACCUAUUGGCAUAUCGAUGGGAGUGUUUGACAUAUGUCACAGGUAUCUAAAAGAGAGGAAGCAAUUUGGAGCUCCAUUAGCAGCAUUUCAGCUUAACCAAGAAAAGCUUGUUCGGAUGCUUGGCAACAUUCAAGCUAUGCUUCUUGUUGGCUGGCGCCUUUGCAAGUUGUAUGAAUCUGGGAAAAUGACUCCAGGUCACGCUAGCUUGGGGAAGGCAUGGACUUCGUUGAAGGCGAGAGAGACAGUUUCGCUCGGCCGAGAAUUGCUAGGCGGCAAUGGAAUUUUGGCCGAUUUUCUAGUUGCGAAGGCAUUCUGUGAUCUCGAGCCAAUCUAUUCAUACGAGGGCACCUACGACAUCAACAGCCUGGUGACGGCGAGAGAGAUCACUGGGAUCGCAAGCUUCAAACCUGCAAUGCUGGGAAAAUCAACACGAAGCCGUCUUUAAUCUUAACUGGAUAAUUCAUGCCUUAUUCUUGUUAGAGAAAUCGUUAUAUCCGGUAUACAAAACUAGUUUCAACCGUGUUGUCUCCAAGGGAGCAGAUGAAAGAAUGUAGCACACAGCAGAGUAGGGCAUGGAUUAUACAUGUGUGUUUGAUGUAGCAUCAGAUCAACUUCUUUAAAUUUUAUGUAAGAUCAACUUGUUUAAAUUUAUACAAGCACCACAAAAUAUCUUUGCGGUGGUCGUGGCCAAUAUUAUUUAUCAAACCAGAAUGGAGAGAAUGCGAGAUGAUCUGUUUA